UGUCUAGCCGCAGUAGUCCGCAGACAGGCAGGCAGUCAGUCAGUCGGCGGGGCCGAACCGGGCUUUUUUGACGGUGGAAGUAGCCCAGCAGCCAGAGCCCAGGGGCGGCCGGUGGGAGGAGGCAGAGAGUCCGCAGCUGCCGCACCGCACAGCCUCUUUGAUAACCGCAAGAAGAAGGAGUCUCCCGCGUUAACCGAUGUCAACGGAGCUGUCUGAAGGCCGGCACCUCGACAGAUUAGGAGAGCAGGCAACAGACGGACAGACCAGACUGACAGACAUCUGCAGUGGCACAGCGGGCAGCAGAAUGGCGUCCAUAGCUGAGUACUAUGCUGGCAAGAACGUGCUCAUCACAGGAGCCACAGGCUUCAUGGGAAAAGUGCUGGUUGAAAAGCUGCUGAGGUCUUGUCCCGAAGUCAAAGCCCUCUACCUCCUGGUCAGACCCAAAGCCGGGCAGUCCAUGCAGCAGAGGGUCAGCGACAUGAUGACUUGCAAGCUUUUCGACCGAGUGCGGGAGGACAACCCCGACUUCCACCAGAAGAUCAUCCCCAUCAGCAGCGAGCUGAUGCAGCCCGGCCUCGCCAUCAGCCCGGAGGAUGUGGAGAAGCUCACCGGCUGCAUUGACGUCGUCUUCCACUGCGCUGCCACCAUCCGCUUCGACGAGCCACUCAAACACGCCCUGCAGCUGAACGUGAUCGCCACACAGCAGCUCGUCAGCCUGGCCAAGCAGAUGCACCACCUCGAGGCCUUCAUUCACAUCUCCACCGCCUAUGCAAACUGCAACCGCAAACACAUCGACGAGGUCAUCUACCCACCACCCGUCGAGCCCAAGAAACUCAUCGAAUCUCUUGAGUGGAUGGACGAUGGCAUUGUGCGCGACAUUACGCCGCGGCUCAUCGGCGACCGGCCCAACACAUACACCUACACCAAAGCCCUUGCUGAGUUCGUGGUGCAACAGGAGCAGGACAAGCUCAACAUCGCCAUCAUCAGACCCUCCAUAGUGGGAGCCAGCUGGCAGGAGCCGUUCCCUGGUUGGAUCGACAACUUCAACGGACCAAGUGGAGUCUUUAUAGCAGCUGGAAAGGGGAUCUUGCGCACCAUGAGGGCCAACAACGAUGCAGUGGCUGAUUUGAUCCCAGUAGACAUGGUUAUCAACCUCACCCUUGCUGCUGGCUGGUACACAGCUGUACACAGAAGGAAAACAGAAAAACAGAAAAAUAUAAGACCUAAAUCAGCUGUGGUGUACAACUGCACGACCGGAGGCAUCAACCCGUUCCACUGGGGAGAGAUUGAGCAUCAUGUGAUGUCGUCCUUCAAGAGAAACCCACUGGAGCAGGCUUUCCGCAGACCCAACGCCAACAUCACCUCCAACUACCUGAUCAACCAGUACUGGAUCCUGGUCAGCCACAAGUUCCCUGCCCUCAUCUACGACCUCUUCCUGCGACUCUCUGGACAAAAGCCGCAGAUGAUGCGUAUCUUCAACCGUCUGCACAAGGCCAUCAGCCUGCUGGAGUAUUUCAGCAGUCAGGACUGGGAGUGGAACUCUGAGAACAUGAACAUGCUGAUGAGCCAGCUAACCCCAGAGGACAGGAAGACAUUCAACUUUGAUGUGCGCCAGCUGAACUGGCCUGAGUACAUCGAGAAUUACUGCAUUGGCACCAAGAAGUACGUCCUGAAUGAAGACAUGUCUGACAUUCCUGCUGCCAGGCAGCAUCUGAGGAAACUGAGGAACAUCCGCUACACCUUCAACACCCUGUUGGUCGUUUUCAUCUGGAGGGUGUUUAUCGCCCGCUCGCAGAUGGCCAGAAACAUCUGGUACUUUGUGGUCAGCCUCUGUUUCAAGUUCCUCUCCUACUUCCGAGCAUCCAGCACCAUAACCAACUGAAUCUUUCUCACCACCUCAAGCCAGAGACGGCAGCACUCAUCCUUAGCUGUCAGCAGGACGUAACAUCUGAGACUCUGGCCAUCCACAAAGGACACUUUAAAUCCUCCUUUGAGUGUGGAUUAGCAAGGGGCUCUCUACAGGUGGGGGCUGCAGUUGAGUGAAGCACUCAGAAGGGAAAAAAAAGAGGUCUACUAGCCAUGAAUUUUUUGUUUAGUUUGGAAAUCAUCAGUACCUGCACUGUUCAGUCACCAGAUCCCGUCCAAAAGUGUCGUCAUUCAUUUUGUACCUACCUUUUUCUUCUCAAAGUGGCCAAUUAUAUAUGCAACAAUAAGCCUUUUGUGACUUCCAUUUUCUUCUCCACAUCAUUGUUCCCAUCCUCUUAAAUCUAGGUACAUUGCCUUGCCUUGUGAUAAUUUUUUUUCAUACUUGAAAUAUGGCAGUGCUUCAGUGGAGGACGAUUUCUAUAAGAUUAUUUUGGUUCUCUGUUUUUUACUGUGGGGAUAUCCUAUUCCUCCUUUAAUAUGCAGGUGAUUCAGAUAUCUGUAUGUCUUGCAUUACGUGUAUCUACUGCCUUUUUAAGAUUACAUCCAAACACUAAGCGGUGGUUAUUUGUCUCGAAGAUUUUUGAGACUAGUAUUAAAGCUAAAUUCUGACCACACAAGACAACAGUAUCCCAAAACAUACAGAUCUGCCAUCUUCCCUGCUGUUGAGUUUGUCACUUAUUUACUAUCACAUAUGAUAAUGUCAGUAUGUCUUUGAACAUAAACCUUGUUUGUUUGAAUGCUCAUCCACUUUUUGCCUGUUUGUACAGCAGUUUGUACUGAAACUAAGUUUACUACUUUUACAUCUUUAUACUUGCGUCAAAAGCUAGUCUGAUGGUAGACCUUGGCAGUGUAUUAUAUAUAAAUGAGAGUACAUCAGAGUCAAGUUUCUUUGUAUUGUCCAGUAUCACAUACUGUACAAUGUCUCCCAACUGUUACCAACCAAGCCCAAGUUUUCUUGGGACCAAAUACAACAAGGGGAUUCUUAAAGGUCAAAUGUUAAUAUAGUAAAUCCAAAAUCAAAAAGUCCAAGGAAUGGGUCCAGUUGAAUAUGUCCAAUAUCAAUGAUUCACAUACUUCCAUGUCCAAGAUUGUUGGUAUGUGAGGUUGGAGGACCAAGUAAAGAUGGAGGAGACCUAGUCCCAGUUUGUGCCUCAUGUAUAAGCGUUACAUUUGAGACACUGUGGUAACCAUCCGUUUCUUUGUAAAAUAAUUACCCGCAGAUGUGUUUAAAAAAAAAAAAAAAAAAAAAAAACCUAGGAGGUAAGACUCUAACCAUCUGGAUGAAAGAUUUAUUUUAGUCCUUGAGGCAGGCCUCUGGAUACUGAAGAAGUCAUGAUGUUUGUUAUGGCUGACAAAGAUCAUAUAUUUAUAUGUUAGGGGAGACAAUAAAAACCGUUCCUGGUGUGAAUAAGGAAGCCAAUGCAGGGAGGCUACAAUUGGUUGAUUUGAGUGCUCAUUGCAUUGUAUUGAAUUGAAAGCUGGGAUUUUUCCAAUUAAACCAGGAAAAAGAGCAUUUCAGCUUAAUUUCUGUAUAAGAAAAAAAACAUCUUUUUGAAACCGCUUUUGACAGCCAGUAAACUGCACAGAGCACAGUGCAAUCACUACACUUAAUUUUAAUAUAGAGUUGAGUGUCAUCUGCAUAAGAGCAAAACUUCACGCUACAGCUGCAAAGGAUUCCUCGGAACUGAAGAAUAUUGUGAAAAGUAGUGGACCAAGUACGGAGCCCUGAGGGUCACCAUACCUUACCUGAUGGAGAGAUGGACUACUAUUUUUAAGCAAGACAAACUGAUCUUUAAAUUAGUAUUACUGGACCUAAAUCACAAAAGUGCAAGGUUAUAGACGAAAGACUUGAGGCCCUCCCGGUAUUACAUCCUUGACUCCAGUUUGGAAGAUCUGUAAAUAGUUGAACUACAUAUUAUUCUUAUAGAUUACCAAAAAUUGUAUUUGACUGUUGAUUUAUGCUUGGUGGGUGUCUUCACAGGAUUCCACCACAGAGCUUCCCACAGAGUCUACCAAAAGUGUUAAGUGUGACAGGCAAGUCUGAUUUUUACUAAACAAACAAGAAAACUGUGUACAGUAUUGUAUGUGUUGCAAGGCUUGACUCAAUACAAAUACAUAACAGAUAUGAGCCUUUAUGGGAGAAAAGGGACAAAACUAAAUAAAUGUUUAUGCAAAGCCCUGCCCCUGUCUGUGGUGUAGUCAUGGGAUUGAUUUCAGAGUGAACCGAAAUGUCUGCAGUUGUACGAGGUCUGUAUGAUGAAGUGGUUUCGUCAGAAUUUGUUCUUACAGAGCCACAGGGUUUUUAUACUGGUGUUGUUCUGGAGUUUUGCUCUUCUGUGUCUGUUCUGACCAAAUUUGCAAAUUAAACGCGGAGCACUGUUGGUUCAGGAAACCCCAGGGUGGAACUUGUGUUACUGUAUAUAACAAACAAACAGCAACACGUGACCAAUGACUUCAUCUUAUACUUUCUGCUGUCAUUUUCAAAAUGUUUGACCAUCUUCAUUACCUGCUCUGACAACACUUCAUUCAAGUCUGCUUUGGCAAAAUUAAAAUAAAGUUGAAGAGAAAAAGUGCAA